UUAUAUGAGGCAUGAGUGACAAGUGAUGUGGUACAUUAUACUGUAUUACUUGAUAUUUGUGCAACAGUUUGUGAUAACACUAGCCUCUCGUUAUCGCCCAGUCAUAGGAAUGACAAACUAUCGACAGGAGUCACUAGAUGCUGUUUAUCCCGUUCAACCUGUUCAGUCCAACUUUAAUCAGAAUAAUGGGAACUACGACAUGCUACGACAGUCAAAUAAUAUGCAUCAGCCUAUUCAACCGCUGAUCAAGAUGUCUUACCAGAUACGUAAGCAACCGCAAUUUAAAAUGCCUGAGCAAUUACCAUUACGAUAUUCUGUCCAAAAAUCGCCUAUACUACCGCCUGUACUAGCAUCUAUUAAUAUACCUAAUAGACCACCAAGUAAAACAUCAAUGUUGAUGGAACUUUAUGCUCCGAACCAAAUGACAGUUCAGCAAUUGGAUUAUAAGUACUUGCAGCAGGAGACGUGGCCUACAGUGACUACUACUAGCCCGACUACUACCAAGACUGUUUCUGUCAAACGUGCUGUUAAAAGAAUAAGGAAAUCCAAGCUCCGAAAUAAUACUACACCUAAAAAGAAACCAUCGACGUUACGUAUAUUGAAAAUGUCAUCGAGCACCAGACCCCCGUACCCUGGAGGGAUCAGACCCGAGACUAAGGAAGUUGAUGGAGAUUAUAUUUUGUGCGACGGUAAUGCUAUUUGCCAUAAAUACGUCUGGACAACGAAGAAGGCAAAGACUCCUAAGAAGACAAGAAGAUGAGAUGGUCUUUUUGAGAAAAUCUUUCAGUAAUAUAAAAAUAUAAUAUGUAAGAUACUUUCGCCGGACUCGUUACUUAACAUUGUGAUUUUAAACGGUUUUAGAAAUAGAAAUGUUUUGUUGUUAUAAGUUUGUAGGAAGAUGCCUAAGCAUCAUUAUAGUAGAAGUUAUAAUAAAAUGUCUUCCUUGAAACUAUGAUCUUUGUAUU